CGGACGUUUUAAUUGUCAUCAUUCGCGAUGAUGUUCAACAAAAUAAGCAUUAUUUUGUUUGCUCUGAUAUUAAUUGGAUAUGUUACUUCUGGUGAUGCAUUUUUUUCUUUACGUGAUUAUGAGGUAGAGGAAAGCAUAGGAUGUAAAGAAAUCGAAACAAAGUCUGCGGUUCUUCAGUUAAGGAGACAUCUUUUUUGCGAGUAUGUUGAAGAUAUCAGACCGGUGUCAGAUCAUAGAACAAAGACAUCUGUCUAUUUUGGACUUUUGCCGAAAUUUAUCAUCAAUAAUGAGUUAGCUGAUUCCAUGGAAUUACAUUGUUGGGCAAUACUCAUGUGGCAUGAUGACCAUCUUACUUGGGAACCGUCGCAAUUUAACGAUGUUAAAUUCCUUCACGUAAUAAGUAGAGAAUUAUGGACACCGGAUAUCAUGGUACACAAUUCUGAAGAACACGAAAUACCAUUUGACAAUUGCUGGUUAUCCAACACAGGUAGAGUCAAAUGUGUACUUACAACUAAGUUUUCAGUAAAAUGUCUUAAGGAUUAUACCUGGUGGCCUUACGACGUACAGAAUUGUACUAUUCAAAUUGGUUCCUGGUCCCAUUCUAGCGAGGAGAUUGAUUUUCUUGAAACCGGAAAUAUCAUGUACGAGUUUCAAAAAAAUAUGGAAUGGAAUGUGGUACAAACUAACGUUACUACCCACACGGAACCUUUCAAAUUUGGAAUGAAUAUGACAUCUCAAAUAAUUUCUUUUAAUUUUAUCUUGAGACGACAUUAUAACGAUAUCCGUGUCAUUCACUUGUUAUUAAUUAUCAUAUUAAUAAUAAUGACACUGACGACUCUAUGGCUGGAUCCAAAAUCUAUCGAACGAAUGAUACUUGCUAAUUUAAAUUUCAUUUGUCACUUGUUAUACUUACAAAUUUUUCGCUGGGAUAUGCCUGGAAUUGCUAUUGAAUCUGCGAUGUUAUUGCAACUCUUCGAAAAGUCAUUUGCUUUAGCAUGUUUUACUCUUAUCGUGACAAGUAUUUUACGACGUUUGUUAGAAUUAACUACAGAGACUCCUACAUGGAUCGCAAUGAGAAUUUCUGCAAUUGUUAAGAGUAAAAUAGGACGGAUUCUUCUUAUUAGUAUUUUAGAUCCUAAAGCAUCCGCUGAAUUGGAAAUUAAAGCCGAAGACAAUACCAAUCUUGUAAAUUUUAAGAAAAAUGAAGCAUCUUGGAAACAUGUUGUGAUGCUUAUCAGUUGGAUCAAUUUUUUUUGCAUUUUUCUUGCUUACAUCAUUUUGAUUAGCAUAUAUUUUCCAACCGAAUCUUCUGGAAAUAAUAUUUAAAACA